AUGUCCUCCGAGUUCCCCCUCCUCGAGGGGCAGGGGCUCUAUGCCUCCGACAUCAUCGGUGACGGUGAUUGUCUCUUUCGCAGCUUCAGCGACCAGCUGUACGGUCAUCAAGAUCGCGCAACAACCAUCCGUCUCCGUACAACAUCCUACAUGCGUCGCCACUCCUCCUACUUCAAACUCUUCCUCUCCGUACCCCCUCCCACCCGCAAAACCCGUUCCUCAUCCUCCACGACCCUCCCAAACGAAGACACCAUCGACCGAGUAUUCCAAGAUCAUAUUAAAAGAAUGGAAAAACCCGGCGUAUACGGCGAUAACCUCGAAAUAGUAGCCUUCGCAAGAUGUUACGGUGUAGAUGUCAAAAUCUACCAACGAGAGUUCGCUUAUUUAGUCUCUGGUGAAAGAGAUGUCGGUGAGGAAUCUGAUGAUGAUGGUGGGAAUUCGAUGUUGGGAAAGGAGGAACCGGUUGUGGGUGAGAGGAAGGUGAUGCAUAUUGCUUAUCAUGAUUGGGAACAUUAUUCCAGUGUGAGGAAUAUUGAUGGUCCGCAUAAGGGACUUCCUAAUGUUAGUCCGAAACCUUUGACCGAGGAAGGGAGGCAGAAACAGCAGAAGGUUUUGGAAGAAGGUGUGGUUAUUAUGCCCUGGAUGGAGGAUGUGGUCGAGAAGAGUCUUCCGGGUGAUUGCGUGGUUACUAAACAGAAGAUCAGAGAGGCAUUGGAGAAGAGUAAAGGAGACGUCGGUCUGGCAGUUAGUAAAUUACUCGAUGCAGCUGAAGCAGACGCCGAAGCCGAAGCCGAUAUAGACGCAGAAGGAGAAAAAGUGGCAUCAAAAGAAAAAGAAGAAGAAGAAGAUACAGGCCUAAAAAAGCCAAUAAACGAAGACAAUAGACCGAAGAAAAAGCCACCGCCAUACGCAAGGCAAACAGGAAAUAAACCAAAACGGGAAACCGCACGGGAACGGAAAGAACGGCAGCAGAAAGAGAAAAUAGAGAAAAAGAAAGCUAAAGCUAACGGCGGUAGUGGUUCUGGCGUUACUUCGGGUAAGGACUCGAAGGGGUCUGCUGCCACCGCUACGUCGGCUAAUACACCGAUGUCGUCGGGCGAGGGUAUCAAGACCCUACAUGUAUAA